CGUGAAAUUUAAUUAAGAGGUGUUUGCCAAUUACAGCAGUAAACUUAGGCGGUCAGUACCGGCAUUACACCCCUAACCUCACUAAUUCCUUGGAGGGGUAGUGCCGUUCCAGCUGCCCCUCCUGCCCCUCAUCCGCUGAAAAAAAUCCCGUCGCAGCAGCAGCUACCCGCGCUUGCGCUCGUUUUCUUUGACUCAUCCGACCAGCACUUUCUUUACUUUCCGGCCCGGGGAGAUAACUUAAAUAUCGAUUGCCAGGCAUCUAUUGGAUUGAUACUGAGCCACCUAAUUCUACGUAUUUACACAACUUACUGUGACUUGUCUAGGUACUCAAACUGCAACAUACACACAUACUCUAAGCUCUUCAAACGCGACUACCCACCAUGCCUUCUACAGUCCACCUCCUCGACUACGUCGCGGGCAACGUGCGAUCUCUCGUCAAUGCUAUCGAAAAAUGUGGCUACAGCGUCGAAUGGAUCCGAAGCCCCGAGGAAGUUGCGAAAGCCGAAAAGCUGAUCUUACCUGGUGUUGGUCACUUCGGCCAUUGUACCAGCCAACUCGCUUCCGCAGGAUAUCUACCAGCCGUCCGCGCCCACAUCGAUGCUGGCAAGCCGUUCAUGGGAAUAUGCGUCGGCUUACAGGCGCUUUUCGAAGGAUCCAUCGAAGAUCCCGCACACCCUGGUCUGGGAUUAAUAAAAGGCCAACUGGACUGCUUCGAUGACUCCGACAAAUCCGUACCGCACAUUGGUUGGAAUAGCGCCAAUGCGAGUUCCAAGAGCCUGUACGAUUUACGACCGCAGAGCAAAUACUACUACGUCCACUCCUACAAAUACCCGUACGUUAAGGGCGAGCUAGAAAACCAAGGGUGGACAGUCGCAACAGGGACAUAUGGCGGGGAGACAUUCGUGGGCGCAGUAGCCAAGGACAACAUCCUAGCGACACAAUUCCACCCGGAGAAGAGCGGCGUCGCAGGUCUCAGAGUCAUAAAAGCCUUUCUAACAGGAGAAGGCGCCAAAAUUCUCGGUCAAGUAACCAACGACCCAGCACCUACAGGCGGCCUAACAAAGCGCGUCAUCGCCUGUCUCGACGUACGCGCCAACGAUCAAGGCGACCUCGUGGUAACCAAAGGCGACCAAUACGACGUACGCGAAAAAGAAGGCGGACGCGACGUCCGCAACCUCGGCAAACCCGUCGAACUCGCACGAAAGUACUAUGAACAGGGCGCCGACGAAGUAACAUUCCUAAACAUAACCUCGUUCCGUGACUGUCCACUCGCCGAUCUCCCCAUGCUAGAAGUCCUCCGGCGGACCUCAGAAACCGUAUUCGUACCCCUAACCAUCGGCGGCGGAAUCCGGGAUACCGUCGACGUCGACGGAUCCAAAGUCUCCGCGCUUGAAAUCGCAUCACUGUACUUCCGGUCCGGUGCGGAUAAAGUAUCGAUAGGUUCCGACGCCGUACUCGCAGCUGAAGAAUACCAUUCCGGCGGUCGCAAACUCUUCGGUAAUACCGCUAUAGAGCAAAUCUCACGUGCAUAUGGUAAUCAAGCCGUCGUCGUAAGCGUUGACCCAAAACGCGUGUACGUACCCAACCAAGCCGACGCAACACGCCAUAACACCUUAAAAACCAAAUUCCCCGGUCCAAGGGGCGAAGAAUAUUGUUGGUACGCAUGCACCAUAAAAGGCGGCCGCGAAACCCGAGAUCUGGAUGUUGUGGAACUGGUCCAAGCAGUCGAAGCCAUGGGCGCGGGUGAGAUUUUGCUGAAUUGUAUCGACCGCGAUGGUACGAAUAGCGGGUACGAUCUCGAACUCAUCGAACAAGUUAAAUCCGCUAUCCGCAUCCCGGUGAUCGCGUCUAGUGGCGCGGGAAACCCGGGACAUUUUGAAGAGGUAUUUGCGCACACUCGCGCCGAUGCUGCGCUUGGUGCGGGGAUCUUUCAUAGAGGGGAGUAUACUGUUCAGCAGGUGAAAGAUCACUUAGCGGAGAAGGGGUUGGAAGUUAGGCAGUUUGAAGGGGAAUUAUGAAAUUUACAAAAUAUUCAGAUGCUGAAAAUAUUCAUCGUCGAGAGGGAUGUCCAAGGAGAGAUGCAUAGAAGGAUAUGGCGCAAUUGUUACAUAUGGCAUUUUUGUUUUGAGGCGUUAAAGUGUGUUGUACGAACGGGUCAAAAGG